AUGGUUCCUCAGAUACCUCUUUGGGAGGAAAGUUGUCCGGAGAUGUGUCCUUGCAAAGUCGAGAGCAAUGUGUCUGGUCAUGAACUAAAGAAGUUGGAUACAGAGAUAGAAGCAGACAAACUCUGGAAGAAGGCAGCCAGACCAGGAUUCUUCCCCAAGUCAGCAGCGAGCCAUUUGGUCUUGGCCUCACUUGGAAGCUUCCCAUGUCCUCUGGUUUUGCUGCAGGAAAAACCUCUGGUACUGCUUGUACCAUUGACAAGCCCUGAUUUUAGACGAAUAGGUGAAGACUGA